AUGAUGCUUUGGUUUCGUCAGUGUCGUAACAAUGGCAUCAACUAUCUGUUUUCCAUCUACUACUCCACAGCUGCUUCUGCUGCAACUUCCUACAACAAUUUGUUGGCGGAAAUAUUAGUGAAUUCACUUGGUUUCUCCAACGAGAAAGCUAUCUCUACUAGCGCCAAUGUAACACUCUUGAAACCUGGAAACAACAAGCCUCAAUUAGUCAUCAAUUUCUUCCAACAAAUUGGUCUAGACAAGACCCACAUCAAAUCCCUUGUUUCUUCCAACCCUAGGUUGCUGUUUUCUGAUGUUGACAAAACCCUUAAACCCAAAAUUAAGGUUUUUCAAGAACUUAGCUUAUCUGGUACUGACCUAGCUAAAGUCAUCGCAAAAAGUGGGUCUUUCUUCCUUUUAAGUCUUGAUAAUUCAAUCAGAUCCAAUCUUGAUUAUUUCCGGAAACUGUUAGGUAGUGAUGACUCUGUAGCUAAGUUUAUCAAGAGAGAGCCUAGGUUCUUAUGGGGUAUUAAUGCCCCUAAACUAAUGUCACCCAAUAUAUUAUUGCUGCAAAAUCUUGGGUUUUCAAGUGUCGAUAUACAGAAGCUUAUGAUUUGGAAUCCUAGAAUUUUUACUCAAAAAGCUGGGCGCCUCAAAGACAUAGUGGAUCGAGUAGAAAAAACUUUCUUUCUUUCUCGCGAUUGCAACAUGUUCAUACAUGGGGUUUAUGCACUUGUAUGGCUUGACGAAUCGACAGUGAAAAAGAGAUUAGAAAUCUUCAGGAGCUUCGGGUGGUCUGACUCGGAGAUUUUUACACUGGUCCAAAAACUUCCUCUCUGUUUGACAAGAUCCGAAGCUAAGAUCAGAAAUACGUUAAAUUUUUUAAUGAAGGAACUUGGAUAUGAGUCUCAUUACCUGGCUUCUCAUCCCACGUUUUUGACAUGUAGCUUGGAGAAAAGAGUUCUGCCUAGACAUAAUGUUUUGAAGCUACUCAGCCAAAAGGAGCCGACAAAGUGUAGUCUGAACCUUUAUACUGCUGUGAUAUGUUCUGAGUCGAAGUUCUUAGAAAGAUAUGUGCUUCCUUUCAAGGAUGAAAUGCCUGAGGUCUAUGAUUUGUACAUCAAAAGUAGAAGCCAAUAG